UUCUGCGCAUGCUGAUGACGUAGUUCAUAUGCGCCGCUGUUUAUGUGAGUUGAAUUCAUUGAAACUCGUAAUAUUGUGAUACGAUUUGUUUAGUGUAUCACGGCACGUUGAAUGUUUACGUAAAUUAAACAGAUGGACAUAAAUUGAUCGACCAUUCUGUAUUCAAGUUUGAUUUUGAGGCUGCUUAUAAUGAGGAUAAAUGAAGAUACAUUACUGGAGGGGGAGAAGGUUGUAUUAGUACCUUACAAUGCAGAUCAUGUUCCGAGGUAUCAUCAAUGGAUGUGCUCUCCUGAACUGCAGAAGCUGACUGCAUCAGAGCCCCUGACACUGGAGCAGGAACAUGACAUGCAAAGAAGCUGGAGAGAAGAUGAUGACAAGUGCACCUUCAUCAUCUUGGAUAAACAGAAAUGGGCAGAUCCGAGCAUACCGGAGCAAGAGUGCAUGGUGGGAGAUGUUAACAUUUUCCUCACUGACCCCAGUGAUCCUUCCCUGGCUGAACUGGAGAUCAUGAUUGCAGUGCCCUGCUACAGAGGAAAGGGACUUGGGAAAGAAGUGACACGUAUGAUGAUGUACUACGGUGUCCAUAAACUUGGAAUUCAAAAGUUUGAAGUCAAGAUUGGUUUGGAUAACAAAAUUACCAUUGCCAUGUUCAAGAAAUUCCACUUCCAAGAGCUCUCCAUCAGUGAAGUCUUUCGGGAGGUCACUCUUGGGGUCACCGUGAACGAGGCUUUACAGAAGCAUGUUUUUGGAAACAUGGAUUUCAUGCUGCAGAGGGAGUAUGGGAAGGCACGGGACAUCCGACAGGCACCGUUCACACCAUUAUCUCUGUGACAAUAGUUUGUAGAAAACUAUAUGUAAAGAGAAAAGCCUUACAGUGCAUCUCA